GGCAGAGAGCAAGAAAGGGGGCGGGGUUUAUUUGGCACAACAGCAGCGCCACUUUUGAGCGAACCUUCAUAUCUCUAACAAAAACAUGCAGCAGAAGACGGACAAACACCACAACAAGACUGAAACAACAGAAGAGCUGUCGGUUACAUGUUGAAGUUCAAAGAUGGUUCAAGACAGUGCGCAGAUUCGACGGCAGGGUGGCCAGGAUUUUCAGACGUACUAUGACUCUGUCUGUGCCAGACAGGAACUGGUCCCUCUCCCUGCUGUUAUGAUCAGCCUCGACAAAGGGAUGCUGGACUUUAAUGGAGACAGGGUGAAACUCACAGACUGGCCACCCAUUCUCAGUUCUAUCUGCAUCAACAAGCACCUGCAUCAUAUUGCAAUAAGUAGCACAUACCAAGCUAGUCUUGGUUCUGGAGAUGCAGAAAGAAGGUACUUAAAGUCUAACUUCAAGAAGAAGAUUCCGGCUGUUCGCUCUAAGGACAUGACAUUUAAGUUGUGCAAGGCCUUGAGAGAGUGUCUGGGUGUUUCUCCCAACCUCAAGACUCUGCAGCUCAAUGGACUUCCAUUAAGAGAGAGGGACCUCAUCACCUUGACAAAGGGUUUGGCUAAAAGUCUUUCCUUGGAAAACCUGUCACUUGCAAACUGUCCAAUCACUGACGAGGGUUUAGAGGUCAUCUGCCAAAGUGUUAAGUAUUCUACAAGCAUCAGGACAGUAGAUUUUACAGGAUGCAAUCUUACCUGGAGAGGGGCAGAGCAUAUGGCCAACAUCAUCAAGCAUCAGGGAAUGCAGAGGCAUGGCACUGCAUGGGCGGAGUCUCUGAGGUACCGACAGCCACAGCUGGAGGGAAUGAGAGGUCUCCGCCGGGUCACCCUCAACCGUAACACUUUGAUUGGGGACCGGGGUGCAGCUGCUCUCGCAAACGAACUGGUUGAGGACCUCUGGGUAAAAGCUGUGGACCUACAGAGGUGUGGUCUGUCCAACGAGGGAGCUCGUCGUUUGCUGGAAGCCUUGAAAACAAAUACUGCUCUUUGUGUUCUGGAUAUUCGAAGUAACCCUUUAGUGGACAAGGUGCUAAUUAAAACUAUGAUAGAAAAAGUGCUGAUGAAUACUAAAGGACAGUCACCGGAGUACUGCUGGAUCAAGCCUGAAGCCACAGAGCCACAGAGAGCUCCUGGUCCAAGGAGGCGUUCACUGCCCAUCACUGUCAGAGGGAAAGGCACAGUGAGAAUAGCCCCUCGUAAAGGCGCCUCUCAAGGAGGACGGAGUACAGGUGGUACUCAGAAACGCUCCCGCCAUGUGCCUUGGCAUGCUGCUGCGCGAGCUGGACGCCAGAGAGGUAUGCCUCCUGGAGUUUGUGUGAUGGAUCAAAGCUUUCAGGGUGCAGCUACUGUGAAAGUAACCAUGGAGUCAGAUUCUGAGGGAGAUGAAGAAGAGGAAGAAGUGGUGAUUGAAGUGGAGCAGAAACCAUCUUCCCCUCAUCUCCAGGACAGGAUCAAUGGACGGGAGUUUACUCGUAUGCAGAUGGAGCUAAAAGAGUGUCGUCUGAGAAUGGCAGAGGAGCGCAGGGCCAGACUAAAAGCUGAGUCAAGGCUCAUGGAGUUUGAGUUGGAGAACGCCCGUCUCCGUGACACCAACCUCUCCCUGUCAGAGGCACUUGUAGUAGCCGGCUCUGCAUCAGCAGCACCUGCUGUGGCGGCUCUUGAAGAUGAGGCAGUUCUCGAGAGCAUUGAGAGCUCAUUUACAAAGUUCCAUGCUUUCCUGGAUCUCCUCAAGGAUGCUGGCCUCGGUCAACUAGCUUCAAUGGCUGGAAUCGACAAAUCAGAUUUCCCUGCUCCAGAAAGACCUCAGCUGUCUUCUACAAUCAGACCUCAGUUAGGCUGUGAAGAAUCACUGGCAAGAGGAGAGUAUCUGGAUGUUCGGGCAAAAAGUGAUGCUCCUUCUUUGGAAGGCAGCAUUCUGCCCUCUCAGCCUGCUAAAGUGGCUGACACCACCACUCCAGGAUCUCCACCCUCUGUCAAGGAGUCCUUUAGUGAAGACAGGCUGCUUGAUGAGACCUUCAAACAGGCUCAUGGACCCUCAGGUGACACUGGUGUUGGUGGUGCAGAGGAAGCAGAUAAAUACUCACUGCCUGAUACCCAGCAUGACUCAGGCUCUGAACACAGUUUCCGUAGCCAAAAAUCCUUUGACAGAGUUUCCAGUGGUAAAACUUUUCAGACUCAAACAAACCCACCCAAGAGCAACAGCAGCUCUCACAAAAGCAACGGGUCCAAUGGAUACAGCUUCCACAAGAGCUAUGCUAACAGUCAUUCUUCUCGUAGCAGUGGGUCUCACAGUGGAUAUUCGGGAAGAUCAAGCGUUAGUGACAAUAUGAGUGACAGGGCAGAGUCUGUGGGAUCAGUGGGGUCAAGGAACAGAGGGCAGGGGAGGCUGGUGACUGUAGGACAGUCUGGGUCAGACGGCUCAGAUGGGUCAGAGGGGAGAGCCUAUCCAGGGAGGGAGACUCUGGAGCAGAUCAAGGCUCUGGUCAGUCUGGGAGGGCAUUCAGAUAAUGAUUCCUUCUGACCAGAGGGAUGUGAAUAUCUCCUCCUCAGUGCCUUCUGCUGUAAGUGCUUCCUGUUUCCCCUUCAGACUGUUAAUCACUUAAAGAGUGACUGAUGUAGAUUUUGUACAUCUGGCUUUCAAAGUCUGGAUUCAAAGCAGAGGCAAAUUUAAAAGUUCUAUAGAAGAAGAAUCUAGUUACUGAUAGACACGACUAAAAAUGAAAAAAAAAAAAAAAACUUUUGUUGAAUUAUACUAAAAAAACUAAGAGUAGUGUUAGGAUGGACUUUUGGCUUUCCAAGCUAAAAUCCACCUCGACCAAUUCUUAUUUCGGAUCCACAAAUCAAGUUCACCCCAAAUGAUUCUGUUGUUUAUCACAACCUCUCAAACCUCAGAGAGAGAUCAGAACCUCUAAGCCAGUUCAUGGGACUAUUUUUUUAAUAAAAAAAGUUCUGUUUCUUGUUGACCUUUUUUUACACAGUAUUUUUCAUUGUGAUCAAUGUUUAAUUUAUGCUUUUAAAAGCUUUGAUGAAUCAGAAUUGUACCCUUUGUUUAUACUGUAAGGACAUGCUGCACUAGUGAAUGUUUUUCUAAAUAAACAUGUUAGCAGUUUGUUGUUUUCAUUGUCAAAAAGAAAAGGCCAACUGUUACUUUAAAGUUUGAAUGUUAUAAAACAUCAACCAUACUACCUUCACUAAUGAAAUCAGUGUGUUCCAAAUAAAACAACUUCUGUUUUUUAAUAAUA